CCCAGUGGGAUACACGACUCCAUCUGGCACCAGAUCUGGAGGAGUACAGCAAGAACGAAGAAGUGAUGCUGAGCUGCCCCGAGGGUUUACAGCCAUCCUACACCCGUGUCAGAUGCGCAGGGGGAAAUGGGGCUUUGCAUUAUGCUGGAUCUGUAUACAGAGACACGUGGCAGGGGACGAAGAGCUCUGGUGCCUGGCUCCCCAUUGAGGGGACUGUGCAGUGCCUUGGGCAGUGCCUCAAGCCGCGGUGGGACUGGAGACUUCAGUUUACACCAGACAGAAGCAGUUAUGGAAUGGAUGAGGAGCUGCAGCUGACCUGCCCUAGGCAUCUCAAGCCCUCCUUCAGCAGCGUCAAAUGUGCAAAGCAAUUCCAAGAAUCAAGUUCUAUUACACAGUACGUCUGGAUGGGGAGGAGCAGCACAGGUGCCUGGAUCCACACUGAAGGGGACGUUAGUUGUGUUGAAACGUGCCAAAGGCCCCAGUGGGAUACACGACUCCAUCUGGCACCAGAUCUGGAGGAGUACAGCAAGAACGAAGAAGUGAUGCUGAGCUGCCCCGAGGGUUUACAGCCAUCCUACACCCGUGUCAGAUGCGCAGGGGGAAAUGGGGCUUUGCAUUAUGCUGGAUCUGUAUACAGAGACACGUGGCAGGGGACGAAGAGCUCUGGUGCCUGGCUCCCCAUUGAGGGGACUGUGCAGUGCCUUGGGCAGUGCCCCAAGCCGGUGUGGGACCGGAGACUUCAAUUUACACCAGACAGAAGCAGUUAUGGAAUGGAUGAGGAGCUGCAGCUGACCUGCCCUAGGCAUCUCAAGCCCACAUUCAGCAGCGUCAAAUGUGUAAAGCAAUUCCAAGAAUCAAGUUCUAUUACACAGUACGUCUGGAUGGGGAGGAAGGUCUCUGGUACCUGGAUUCACAUUGAAAAGAUCGUAUCAUGUAAAGGGAAAUGUCAGAAGCCACAGUGGGAUUUCAAGAUUCAUUUUGACCCAGACCAGGAAUCCUACAACUUCAAUAAAACGGUGACACUGACAUGCCCUAAUGGGUACUGGCCUUCUGCCAUGGAGAUCAUUUGUGUGAAGCCAAGACCACACGAAGGCCUCCCAGCUCCUCAGAACAUCUGGUUUAUGAAGAACAGCACAGGCUUAUGGCCACUGGCAGUGGGAUACAUGAGAUGUGUGGGUGAGUGGGGACCUUCAUGAGUGAGG